AUGGCUUACCGCAUGAGAUCUGCGAGCGUGCCUUCGAGCCCUCGCUCCAGCAAGACCGAUGUUGAGGAACAGGUUCUGAGCCUGAAAGCAGCCAUCUCUCUGCCUUCAGCGACCAUCGAAACCAUGGUCGAUGGUCUGAGCAAGCUCGGGAGCAUCUACAUCCACAUAGAUGCGCUCACAUGGCUGCCCAGCAGCCAGAGGAAGGCAGUGGAGGAGGAGCUUGAGCGCUCCCUCGUCCUGCUCGACCUCUGCAGUGCCGUGCAAGAGCGCUUCGUGGAGCUCAAGGUCAGUAUCCAGGAGAUGCUGUUGGCUCUCAAAAGAGGAGACGAUGCGGCUCUCCAGACCAGGGUUCAGUGCUAUGCGCGUUUGGUCAAGAAGGCACAGAAGCUGUUCAAGAAGGUCAACAAGAAGACUGCUUCUGACACUGAAGGAUGCAGGGUGAUCAACCUGGUUGCUGAAGCAAGGGAGAUUGCCAUGUCAAUCCUCGAAUCAACAUUUCAUCUCGUGUCGAAGCAAAUUGCGAUGCCAAGUUCUAGCAAGUGGUCACUUGUCUCCAAGUCGUUCCAAAAGAAGAGAAUCGUAUGCGAGGCGGAGCAGUUGCAAGGUUUGGAGCUGGACAUUGUUGGUCUUGAAAGCCCGUUGCAAGGUUUGGAGCUGGACAUUGUUGGUCUUGAAAGCGGAGUUGGGACUUUGUUCAGGAUGUUGAUCCAGAGCAGAGUUUCUCUUCUGAAUACUCUUAGCUUGUAG